UUGAGGUUUUGAUAGCGCUGAUUUAAAAAAAUGGCCCCGAUUCCUGAGAGAGCACUCGUAGCAUUGAAGCAAUGAAAGCCAUUGGGUUUUCGAUGCAUGUAGCGAUGCCUGUGCUAAAAUAUCUUAUCAAGGUGUAUCAUAACAACUGGGAAUACAUUGAAGUCGAGAAUUAUAGAGUUCUCGCUGAUGCCAUACUUGAUGCACAGGAAUCUAAGGACUUAAGUGGUGGGAACAAUGAUGUUUUGGCAAGUGAUGAGUCUGAGCCUCACAGAAUGACUCUAAGACAGGAAGUGACCGAGGACAUAUCACCUCAACCUUCUCGUACGUCUGAAAGAUGUGGACCAAUUUCACCUCAAAUAAAUUCCAGAGAAACGAGUGUCCACUCAUGCUCAUGAUCAAGCUGGUCCCAUGCAAGCUGAUUCUGGUUCACCUAUGAAGACCUAUUGAUUAGGUAGACAGCCAGCACAUUAGAAUCCAGAAAAUGCUGUCC